AUACACACAUUUUUCCUUCUUCAAUAAUCAUAUAACUUAUACUAAUUCUUUCAUACUCUUUCAUUCUUCAACAACUAUUUGAUAAUACUACCGAAGCAACCAACUUCAUCAUCAAUCAAUAUGAGUAGUCACUUUAACAAUCAACAACAAGCCCCUGUAUCAUAUCCACCAACAGGUGAAGCCUAUUCUUCAGCUCAAUAUGUAAGUGCCCCACCACCUAUGGGUUACCCUUCAAAAGAUGGCUCUGAAGGGUACCCCCAACAAAGGAUUCAAGACCAAACAACUAGUAGGGGUGAUGGUUUCUGGAAAGGAUGUUGUGCUGCUCUAUGUUGUUGUUGUGCUCUUGAUAUCUGCUUUUAAGUCAUCUGAUUCAAUGAUUAUUAUAUAGCACAGAUUGUGUUUAUUGUUACCCCAUGUGUUUCCUAUUGUAUUCUUUGUAGUUUGUAGAAAAAUAAGGAUUUUUAAUCAUUUUGGACAUUAUGUAUUUAUUUGUCCAUUUGAUGGAUGCUAUUUGUUUGUUUCCCUUGUAUUUGAGACUUCUUGAUGUACUAUAUAUGUAUCUUAAACUCCAAAACAUUUUUUCACAUACUCUUAAUUUAUGAGUUAAA